AAAAUUUCUACUCAAGCAUUGUAUCACCUUGAGAUUCUUAUUCUUCAAAGACAAAUUAUACAAUAACUUAAAUUACAAGGAAAAAAAAAAGGAAGUUUUUCUCAAGAGGGUAAUGAUCGUCUUGGUCUUCCUCAAAAACCCAGCUAAAGUUUCACGCCUGCCACCAACAUUAGUUUAAAUGUUUAAUCAACUUUUAUCAAAGACCCUCUAAAGUUUUCCAUAUAAUAAUCUCCUUCCCAAAUAGUUGUUCCAUUCAUAAUGAUUCAUUCCACACAUAUAAGACCAUGAAGCUCUUUUGAGCUUCAUAAACCCCAUACAAAAUUCUAUUUCUACAUGCACAAAAUGAAGUCACCCCCAUUCUCUUCCUCUUCUUCCUUCUCCGUUUUGCGUAAAGCUCGCCUCUCUCCCUACCUCUUCACCCUCCUCGCCUUCAUUCUCUUCGUCGCCGUCCUCUACGGCGAGGACCUCAUGUGCAUUUUCAGCCAGCAACUCGAACCCCCCGCCGCCGCCUUCUCCGACCAUCUCGUCGUCAAACCCGGGAAGAUCAAGAGGCAGAAGCUGCCGUUCUCCAUCGGCAAGACUGAUCCGGAGUGCGACAUCUUCACCGGAAGAUGGGUUUGGGACGAGUCGAAUCGGCCCCUUUACGAGGAAUCGGAGUGUCCGUACAUCCAGCCACAGCUGACUUGCCAGGAACACGGACGGCCGGAUAAGGACUACCAGAAAUGGCGGUGGCAGCCGGACGGCUGUGAUCUUCCCAGCUUCAAUGCUACUUUAAUGCUGGAGACUCUAAGAGGGAAGCGGAUGAUGUUUGUGGGAGAUUCUCUGAACAGGGGUCAGUAUGUUUCUAUGAUUUGUCUUCUCCACUCCCUCAUUCCCGAUGAAGCCAAAUCCAUGGAAACCUUCGACUCAGAUUCACGAACUGUUUUCACAGCCAAGGAUUACAAUGCUACAAUUGAGUUCUAUUGGGCGCCAUUUCUUCUUGAGUCGAACUCGGAUAAUGCUGUCAACCAUAGGAUAUCGGAUAGGCUUGUCAGGAAAGGGUCCAUGAAUUACCAUGGCAAACACUGGAAGGGGGUUGAUGUAUUGGUGUUCAAUACCUAUCUGUGGUGGAUGACCGGCCAGAAAUUUAAGAUCUUGCAAGGGUCUUUUGAAGAUGAGGUGAAAGAUAUUGUGGAGGUGCCAACCGCGGAGGCUUAUCGUAUGGCAAUGAAAAGUAUGCUAAGAUGGGUGCGGAGGAACAUGGACCGCAAUAAGACAAGGGUCUUUUUCACUAGCAUGUCACCUUCCCAUGGAAAGAGUAUUGACUGGGGAGGUGAACCAAACAGGAACUGUUACAAUCAAACUAGUUUGAUCGAAGAUCCGAACUAUUGGGGUUCAGAUUCCCGGAAAAAUAUAAUGGAGGUAAUAGGAGAAGAAUUCAGGAAGUCAAAGGUGCCCAUUUCAUUCCUCAACAUCACCCAGCUCUCAAGUUAUCGCAAAGAUGCACACACGUCAAUCUACAAGAAGCAGUGGAGUCCAUUGACUCCAGAGCAAUUAGCAAACCCUGUUAGCUAUGCAGAUUGUGUUCAUUGGUGUUUGCCUGGUCUGCAGGAUACUUGGAAUGAGCUUCUCUUUGCCAAAAUGUUCUAUCCUUGAUCCUUGUAAAAGAAAAGAAAGGAGAAAAAAGAAAAAGGAAACAUUGCAAUAGAAUGGUUAAAAUUAACCAUAAAACAUGUGAUUGGGAAGACAAAGAGAAGCUGUGUAAAUUUGAUAGUGAUUUUCAUGGGAAAAAAAAGGUGGGGAAUGGCCAUAGGAGGAAACUGAUUGAUGUAUUUUGACGAUCGUAUAUGAAAUGAAAUUUUUUGCUAAAUGUGA